GCCAAUCUCUGCGCUGUAAAGUGACAUAAUGGAAUUUUUAGGGAUAGAAAACUUGCAAAUGCGUACCGACGCCCACAGAUAACACCUCACGAGGAGAGAGAGAGACGACAAUAUCACAAAACAACAUCAUAAAUCGAUUCAAAACAAACGAAGAAUCAAGAAUACGCAAGAAUAUCAUCUAAAUGACUCGUAUGGAGAACAGAAGCAGGGUGUAGGAUGGGAACAAGCCUCUACCGAAGAGGAACACCACGCAUCAUGAUGAAGAAAGACAUGAGUUUGAACCUAAACGACCAGAACAGCUCCAGCCUGAAGCCCGAUCUGAGGGAUGCUGAAGGGAUCCUCAGUUCCCCCGAGCUGGGGCUCCUAAAGCUGGCUUCUCCGGAGCUGGAGAGGCUCAUCAUCCAGGCCAACGGGAUGGUGACCACCUCGCCGAACUCCCAGUUCGUCUACCCGAAGACGGUGAGCGACGAGCAGGAGUUCGCGGAGGGAUUCGUCAAAGCCCUGGAGGACCUUCACAAGCAGAACCAGCUGAGCGGAGGCGCGUGCGUCCCUCCGACGCUCAACAGACUCGCGAGCGGCACGGAUCUGCCCGUGUACACGAACUUGAGCACGUACGGGAGCACCACGGUGAACUAUUCCACGGACACCAUUCCGUUCCCUCCUCCGCCGCCCGCGCAGUCGUCUCUGAAGGACGAGCCGCAGACCGUGCCGGACAUGCAGAGCUUCGGCGACAGUCCUCCGCUGUCCCCCAUCAACAUGGACACACAGGAGCGCAUCAAGGCCGAGCGGAAGAAGCUGCGGAACCGCAUCGCCGCCUCCAAAUGCCGCAAGCGGAAACUGGAGCGGAUAUCCCGGCUGGAAGACAAAGUGAAGAACCUGAAGAACCAGAACACGGAGCUCGCGUCCACCGCGAGCGUGCUGAGAGAACAAGUGGCGCAGUUGAAACAGAGAGUGAUGAACCACGUUAACAACGGGUGCCAGUUACUGCCUAACCAAGUGCAAGCUUAUUAGAAAAAAGCCUUUAUCUAUCAGUGUUUGGGUGGUUUACAAACAACAUGCUCUGGUUUGAUUAAACGUCACAUUUCACAGCAGUGCACCGGAGGUUGUCGCGAGAUAUUGUGUAGGCUACCACAGCUUAAAAUACUAAGGAAGCACAGUAUUUAUGAAGCUAAUCUACUUCCGCGAGAAAAUAUAGUCUCUGACUUGACUGUCAAUCGCGCGCAGUGAUUCGGCGAACGCUGUUUCGCAUAAUAGCGUAAGACUGGAACUAUAUUUCUUAUUUAUGGUUAACUAUUAUACGUUUGAUUGGAUAAGCAGCGUUCCUAACAUUUUACUAAAACGUCCAAGUAUUAGUUCGCCUGUGUGUAAGACAGCUGUCAUUCUGGUUUGGUAUAGUUUAGAACUAUUUUGGUUGCUUUAAUUUUAAUAAUGGACUUUUUAAAUUAAAUAAUAAUAUUAAGUCCCAUCAACAUUGCUAUGCAGCACAACAAGAAAUCGGCGAUGACGUGAAAGGACCGCAACUCUGUUUUAUGUCAUCUAUUUUUUUGUGUGGCAAAAAGCGUUCCUAAAGUUUCCUAAACCAUCACUGGAAAGCUCUCUCUUUGUAUCAGUCCGCUGUGUGUCGUUUGGCGACACGACCGUGCUUUGGUUUCUUUAGGAACUACUUUCGUUGGAAGUGCUUUUAUUUUAAUAUGUUCAUUAAAUUAUUAUAUUACCUGCAAUUAUUCCGAUAGAAAAAACAGUCCCUGACUCAACUAAACGUUGCUAUGCAACAAAACUAAAGUUUUUGAUAUUCUAAAAGGUGUUUUGCCUUAAAGCUGUUUCUUGUAUUUUAGCACUACUGGAACUCUGCAUUGACCAACCAUCAUGCAUUUUAUAUAUAUAUAUAUAUAUAUAUAUAUAUAUAUAUACACACACACACACACACACACUAUGGUAAACUAAUUUGAUUUGCGCACGCAGUAUUUCAGAAGCACUGCAUUCACUGGCUUGUUGACAGCUUCCUCUGGAACUAUUUUCUUUGGCGGAGCAACACCAAAAUGAUUGAUUAUAUAAUAUCAGUUACUCAAUAUGAAUGGCUGUAUGAAAGCAAUAUCACAUUGCAUAUCAUAUUGCUUAAAUACACACAGGAGUGCAUCAAAACCCUCAGUGUUAGUUAUGAAGUAUAUUAAAACUAAUGAAUUCAUAUCCUUGGUGCCAGCUGUCUGUGUGCUGAAAUGUUAUUCUGAGCUGGACAUGUCAAGUCAACGACCCAUUCACUGAUGCAGAACGGUCACAGACUGAACUGACCGUUCGUUCUGGUUGGACUGUUGAAAUGGACACUACAGGUGCUGGUGUAUUAUAUGUUUACAAUAUUUUGUAGCAAACGGACUCUGUGCUACAUGGUUUGAUCUCAUGAGAGAAGCAGCGGUAUUUCUGCAUGCUCCGGACAAGCUCUAAACGAGUGCAACCAAACACAACAAAGAUGUCAUGCAUGUAUGCUUCAUGUCUAAGGCCUUAUUAAUCACAGACUCUAUUGAUUUUAUAUUCAACUACUCACACAUUGUCUUAUUUUAUGCUCUUUUGGAUUUAUGCGUGUUGUGAUGUACAUGUAAACGUUUCUCCUCUCACUCGUCCUGUACUGCCUUGUGUGUACAUUAAUCCUGUUUAAUUCAUUUGUUAAAUUAUAUAUUUGUGACAUUUUAUACCCAUUUGUUCAUGCAUACAUGUAUAAACCUUAAAUAUCUGUAUGAAUGGGUGCCGUCAGAUUGAGAGCUGAUAAAAACAUCACAAGUAAUCCACACUUCUCCAGUCCAUCAGUUAUUGUGUUGUGAAGUCAAAAGCUGCGUUUUUUACGAAAUAAAUCCAUCUUUAAGAUGUUUUAACUUCAAA